AUGUCAAAACUGACACCAUUUCUCAAAAAAUGCCUGCUCCUUUUCACACCAAUUCUUCUCGCCAUUCCUCUUCUAUUUUUUGGCCCCGAAUUUCGUUGUCUUUUUGUGAUUAUAAUUCUAUCGACCUAUUGGAUUGGUGAAGUUAUGCCAAUUGGAAUCACUUCACUUUUGCCGUUGGCACUUUUUCCGAUUUUGCAAAUUGUGUCAUCGAAAAAUAUUGCACCGGUUUAUUUUAAGGUUGGUUGGCUUAGAUUUUUCACCUCGGAAAAAUACGUUUCAAAAAAUGUAUGAAAUUGAUUUAAAAAUUUUUGAAACAUUGUAAAUUGUUUCACAAAUUUAUCUAUAAAUUCACAAAGACCUUCGGUUACUGUAAAAUAGCUACAGUAAUCAUUGUUGAAACCGCUUAGCUCUGAUCUUUUCAAGUUUUCCCGGAAGUUUUUAUGAUCUACUUCCUCUCUCUUUUUCCCAGGAUUCGAUAGUGUUAUUUAUGACAACUUUAAUAAUGGCAAUGGGUGUUCAAUCAACUGGUUUACAUCGUCGAAUUGCGCUCAAACUUUUGACAAAAGUUGGAGCAAAACAGCCAAUUAUGCUCUUCGGAUUCAUGUUGAUCACAUGUUUCAUCUCAUUUUUUGUCUCUGAUACAGCGUGUACUGCACUAAUGUGUCCUACGGCUGUUGCGCUGCUCACAACUAUCAAGGAUGCUCAAAAAGUUAGUGGAUAA